AUAAAAUGAGAAUGAAAUCUCCCAUUAUGACUUCUGCCAGCUUAAAAAUGAACUCCAAAAGUGCAGUAGGAACUCAUGGCACCUUGGAACCUUGGCAAUGCACGCACUUGAACACGGUUUUCUAUGUGUUUUCCCCUGCAGUUUUUUUUAUUACACACUGAUACGACUUUCUUUGCCAUUUUCAAUUCCCCGAAAAUACUGUACAUCACUACUUAAUGCUUGUACUUUUCGUCAAACAUUUAGUGUUACCGCUCAUCUUUUAAUGCAUUUCUGCGCGAGCUGUACGUCAAACAAUUCAUAUAUCUUCGUUUUCCGGGUCUCUGGUUAUAUUCGCGCCAAGGGUAGAGGGUUGUUUUCCUGCGGACAUAUAUUUUUCCCUCUCCCUUUACAGACGGUACUAAAAUGAUUCCACAACAAUGGACGUCUCCCUGCGGGAAUAGUUGCACGCACAAGUACGCAGCCCUCACACAAAUUCCAUGGAGGGUUUUCUGCAAAAAAGGAUGUGACACAGAUGGAGACUCCUUGGAAGACUGUUUAAAUGACUGCAAUGAAAUUUGUUACAAGGAUCCUGUUAUCAAGGAUCAUCAAUGGAGUGCUUACAUUGACCGGUCCCCAGGACAGGAUGACAACUCUGAGGAAUGCUUCAAUGCAUGCAUCACUGGGUGUUCUUUUAAGUUCAACGAAACUGUGGAUGGUGUGCAUCCGAAAAGGCCACCAAAACCUGAGAUUGUGAAGAAGCCACCUUCUCUUCCAGCAAUGGAAAUUCCUCCAACAGAUGAUGUCACGGCCACUUCAGCAUAAUGCCCUUAACAGGUGUAUUAGGUUUAGAAAUGAAACUAUUUGAAACACAUGGCAUGAGGUACUGCAAUUUUUACCUCUUGUUCCUUACAAUGCUAGGACCUGAGUCAGCAGUAUACUCAUACUUGAGGGAGGAGCCAGUUAAAGAAAAAUAUUCCAUGCUGGUAUGUAUAGAAUACAAAAUUGUAAGGGUAAUUUACGUGGUAUAGCUACAUGGCCCUGAAAAAUGAGAUUUUAGAAUAGUAUCGGGAUUUGCCUCAAGACGAUUUUAUAAAUGUAGCAAAUAAUUUUGCUCUCAAAACUUCCUUCAAACAAAAUGUUCAGAAAUUUUAAUUUCGAUAAUUGUCUUGAAGGAUUUAUGUAGGCAUUGGUUUUUUUAUACACUCAUUAUUUGGUGUCCACAAAGAAUUAUUGUCAAUAAAAAAAGAAGGAAAACAGAGACCAUACCAAGAAUUUUUAGAUAACCUUUUUCCAAUCCUUUGUGCUGAAACAGUACAUGUUUAGUUGAAUAAAAGUGCAUCACAAGUAAACUGAGCUUGUGUUUCUA